AUGACUACCACUCAAAAAUGGAACACAAUUCUCGCAAUUACUCAGCUGUUGGUGUGCCUCUUAGGAAUUAUUCUUAAUGGCAUCGUGAUGUUCACAAUUUUCCGAAAUAAGCACAGGCGGAUAUCAGCGCAGACGUAUCUCAUCUUCAGUAUUGCAGUGAGCGAUUUUCUCUCGUGUGCGUCGUCUGUUCCUCUCUCGAUAGCAAAGUACUUCUUAAAAGAAUGGCCCUUUGGUAAGGCUGGUUGUCAAGCUUACGCCUUUUUGAUAUUUUUACUGACCCUGGUUUCCAUUACUCACUUGGCCUGUAUUUCAGCUGGAAAGUAUCUUACUAUCACUAGAUCUCUUUCAAGGGACUCUUACUUUAACACGAAAAAAGUACUACUCAUAAUCUUGGCCUCUUGGAUUUUCUCACUUUGCUUCAGUUUGGCACCUUUGGUAGGAUGGUCAGGGUAUGGUUUGGAAGGAACAAACAUAACGUGCUCAAUCAAAUGGCAUUCAUCUCAUCCAACUGAUAAGGCAUACUUUGGAGUUGUCAUUUUUACUUGUUAUCUUUUACCCUUGGCUGUGAUCAUGUUUUGCUACUUCAAAAUCCACAAAGUUUCCAAACAUAUUAUACAAAAUACUCAUCAAAUGAGUGGGCUGGCCAUGACCGCCACGCAAGUGCUUUUGAAGAAGCAUCGCAAGUCAGCCAUGUACUUUCUCGCCAUCAUCGCUGCUUUUGUAAUUCCUUGGACGCCUUACAUCACAAUUGCCUCCCUUCUGGUGCUGGGUAAACUUAUCAAUCCUGUAGCUAUCAGUGCAAGUAAGGUUUUUGCAAAAGUUUCGUUUUUCUUAAACCCAAUGUUAUAUGCCAUUUUCCACCGCAGGUUCAGACGGCGUUUUAUUUUAUCAGUUCCUAGAUCGAGACGAGUUGUGGUGAGUCCUAUCGGUUUACCAUCAGUUUCGCGAACUUUAGCGCUUUGAACGACCCGGAUGCACAUUAUUUUUUCACUCCAUUUAUAUUCAAGACCAUGUAAACAGUCACUGACUUUCAUUUGCACCCUGUUAGUACCACAGAUGUAUUAGUGGAGCUCUCACGCGGGAACAGUAAGGCCUCCCUGAACAUAGGCUUAUUCAAACUUCGCACACUUGGUCCGUGUAUGUUACAUAACACAUAUGUCAACUGCUGACCAUUACAAUCGCGGUAUUUCGUUGCUGAAGAUCUCAAUGAAGUAAUGGCUCUUAUACGGCCAAUGGUUAAUUUCUU